CUGGAGGAAGAGCUGGUCCCUGGGCGCUCCAGUGACGAAACCUAUCCCCGGGUGCCCAGGGCGGGGAGGGAGGGCAGGCAGAGGAUUUUGCUGGCUGGUUCGGGAUUCGGGACGCACGGCAGGCAGCAGAGAUAUAGACUGUCAAUUUCGGAUCCAAAGACGGUGAUGGCAAAGCUUACUCCGGCUGCCUAUCAGAUCAGAUUUGCCACAGAAUAAAUCCCGCCGCCUGCUGCGAAGCCCCUGCGCGCUUCAAACUUGGCGAACUGGGUAAUCCGCGUCUGGAUAUGCAGAUCUCUGAUUUUAAAGGCGGGGUGACCCCGGGGAGAACCUCUCCCGCCGGCCGAAGCCCGCAGGUGCAGUGAGGCUUGCGCGCGGGUGCAGGCGCCCCCGAAGCCCCUAGCCCCGGGGGAAGGAGUCGGGGCGUCCAGCGGGGUCUCGCUGCUGCGCACCGGCGGCGGCUCGUCUCCCGCAGCAGCGGAUGAUGGUGGCCGGCGAGCUGGGCUGUGCCUGUGCGUCGCCGCGGAAAUCGGCGCCCGGCGCUGUACCCUGAACCCUGCAGGUCCGCCGCAGCCCGAGCCUUGAAGAGGACAGAGCCGACGCGCGGGGCACUGGGGGUCGCUCGGGGUCGGCUUAUCAUGGCGGAUCGGGCAGCUCCCAGUUGCCAGCUACGACUGGAGUGGGUGUACGGGUACCGGGGUCACCAGUGCCGCAACAACCUGUACUACACCGCUGGCAAAGAGGUGGUUUACUUUGUAGCUGGGGUAGGGGUGGUGUACAACACCCGCGAGCACAGCCAAAAAUUCUUCCUGGGACACAACGACGACAUUAUCAGCCUUGCCUUACACCCAGAUAAAACUCUGAUUGCAACUGGCCAAGUUGGGAAGGAGCCAUAUAUAUGCAUCUGGGAUUCCUAUAGUGUCCAGACUGUGUCUAUUCUCAAAGAUGUCCAUACACAUGGAGUUGCGUGCCUGGCUUUUGACUCGGACGGACAGCGUUUAGCCUCUGUGGGAUUGGAUGCCAAAAACACAGUCUGCAUUUGGGACUGGAGGAAGGGAAAACUUCUGGCCUCAGCUACUGGCCAUUCUGACCGGAUUUUUGAUAUUUCCUGGGAUCCAUAUCAGCCAAAUCGAAUGGUCAGCUGUGGAGUAAAGCAUAUAAAGUUUUGGACACUAUGUGGAAAUGCCCUGACUGCAAAAAGAGGGAUAUUUGGCAAAACAGGAGAUCUGCAGACUAUCCUUUGCCUUGCAUGUGCCAAAGAAGACGUUACAUACUCUGGUGCUUUAAACGGGGACAUUUAUGUCUGGAAAGGGCUCACCUUAAUCCGAACUGUUCAAGGAGCACAUAGUGCUGGAAUCUUUAGCAUGUAUGCUUGUGAAGAGGGCUUUGCUACUGGUGGGCGAGAUGGCUGUAUACGAUUAUGGGACACUGAUUUCAAACCAAUAACCAAAAUUGAUCUCAGGGAGACGGAACAAGGAUAUAAAGGCCUCUCCAUCCGGAGCGUGUGCUGGAAAGCCGAACGCCUUCUAGCUGGAACCCAGGACAGUGAGAUAUUUGAAGUGAUCGUGCGAGAGCGGGAUAAGCCGGUGCUCAUCCUUCAGGGCCAUUGCGAGGGCGAGCUCUGGGCUCUGGCUUUGCACCCCAAGAAGCCUCUGGCUGUGACAGGCAGUGACGACCGCUCUGUCAGGCUGUGGAGUCUGGCGGACCAUGCCUUGAUUGCCCGCUGCAACAUGGAGGAAGCAGUCCGUAGUGUCUCCUUCAGUCCUGAUGGAUCUCAGCUGGCCCUGGGCAUGAAGGAUGGCUCUUUCAUUGUUCUCCGAGUCAGAGAUAUGACAGAAGUGGUCCAUAUCAAAGAUAGGAAAGAAGUCAUUCAUGAAAUGAAAUUUUCCCCAGAUGGCUCUUACCUCGCAGUAGGAUCCAAUGAUGGCCCUGUGGAUGUCUAUGCUGUUGCCCAGCGGUAUAAGAAGAUAGGAGAAUGCAACAAGUCCCUUAGUUUCAUCACACACAUCGACUGGUCUCUGGAUAGUAAAUACUUGCAAACCAAUGAUGGUGCUGGAGAGAGACUGUUCUACAAAAUGCCAUCGGGGAAACCUUUAACAAGUAAGGAAGAAAUCAAAGGCAUUCCCUGGGCCUCCUGGACAUGUGUGAACGGCCCUGAAGUGACUGGGAUCUGGCCCAAAUACACGGAGGUUACUGACAUCAACUCAGUGGACGCCAAUUACAACAGUUCAGUGUUGGUGUCUGGAGAUGAUUUCGGACUGGUCAAACUGUUCAAAUUUCCUUGUCUGAAAAAAGGAGCCAAGUUUAGAAAGUAUGUGGGACACUCUGCACACGUCACAAACGUCCGCUGGUCCCAUGAUUUCCAGUGGGUGUUAAGCACAGGAGGGGCAGAUCACUCUGUCUUUCAGUGGAGGUUUAUUCCGGAUGCUGUCAGCAAUGGCAUACUGGAAACCACACCCCAGGAAGGUGGCACCGAUUCCUACAGUGAAGAAUCUGAUUCAGACUUGUCUGAUGUACCAGAAUUGGACUCCGAUAUCGAGCAGGAAGCUCAGAUCAAUUAUGAUCGUCAGGUUUACAAAGAAGAUCUACCUCAGCUAAAGCAACAAAGCAAAGAGAAAAAUCAUGCAGUGUUCUUUCUCAAGCGGGAGAAGGCUCCAGAGGACAGCCUGAAACUCCAGUUUAUACAUGGUUACAGGGGCUACGACUGUAGGAACAACCUGUUCUACACACAGGCCGGAGAAGUAGUGUACCACAUUGCUGCAGUCGCUGUGGUGUACAACAGGCAACAGCACACUCAGAGGCUAUACCUGGGGCAUGACGACGACAUCCUCAGCCUGACCGUCCAUCCAGUGAAGGACUAUGUGGCCACUGGACAGGUUGGAAGAGACGCUGCUAUUCAUGUGUGGGAUGCACAAACUCUAAAAUGUUUGUCACUAUUGAAAGGGCACCAUCAGAGAGGAGUUUGUGCCCUGGAUUUUUCAGCUGAUGGAAAAUGUCUGGUGUCCGUUGGUUUAGACGAUUUUCACAGUGUUGUGUUUUGGGACUGGAAAAAGGGAGAAAAGAUAGCCACGACCAGAGGGCAUAAAGAUAAAAUAUUUGUGGUAAAGUGUAAUCCACACCAUGUUGACAAGCUGGUUACAGUUGGGAUUAAGCAUAUCAAAUUCUGGCAACAAGCAGGUGGGGGCUUCACCUCCAAAAGAGGGGUCUUUGGAAGUGCUGGAAAAUUGGAAACAAUGAUGUGUGUUUCUUAUGGGCGAAUGGAAGAUCUAGUGUUCUCAGGGGCAGCCACUGGAGACAUUUUCAUUUGGAAGGAUAUUCUACUACUGAAGACAGUGAAGGCUCAUGAUGGACCUGUGUUUGCAAUGUAUGCCCUGGACAAGGGCUUUGUAACAGGUGGAAAAGAUGGGAUUGUGGAACUCUGGGAUGACAUGUUUGAAAGAUGCUUGAAGACCUAUGCCAUCAAAAGGGCUGCACUGUCAACUAGCUCUAAAGGCCUGCUUUUGGAGGACAACCCUUCAAUUCGUGCCAUCACCCUGGGCCAUGGACACAUUCUUGUGGGAACAAAAAAUGGAGAGAUUCUAGAAAUUGAUAAGAGUGGCCCAAUGACACUGCUUGUUCAGGGGCACACAGAAGGGGAAGUGUGGGGGCUGGCAGCACACCCUCUCCUGCCUAUCUGUGCAACGGUAAGCGAUGACAAAACCCUGCGGAUCUGGGAACUAUCCUCCCAGCACCGGAUGCUGGCAGUACGGAAACUUAAGAAAGGAGGAAGAUGCUGUGCCUUCUCCCCUGAUGGGAAAGCCUUAGCAGUUGGCUUGAAUGAUGGAAGUUUCUUGGUGGUAAAUGCUGAUACUGUGGAAGACAUGGUCUCCUUUCAUCACAGAAAAGAAAUGAUCUCUGACAUUAAAUUUUCAAAAGACACAGGAAAAUAUCUUGCGGUGGCAUCCCAUGAUAACUUCGUGGAUAUUUACAACGUACUCACAAGCAAGAGGGUUGGCAUCUGUAAAGGAGCUUCCAGCUACAUCACACACAUUGACUGGGACUCCAGAGGGAAAUUGUUGCAAGUUAAUUCAGGUGCCAAAGAACAACUUUUCUUUGAAGCUCCAAGAGGCAGAAGACAUAUAAUAAGGCCCUCAGAGAUUGAGAAGAUAGAAUGGGACACAUGGACGUGUGUCCUGGGGCCCACCUGCGAAGGAAUCUGGCCAGCACACAGCGACGUGACGGAUGUCAAUGCUGCCAGUCUUACUAAAGAUGGCUCCCUCUUAGCCACUGGGGAUGAUUUUGGUUUUGUUAAGCUUUUUUCAUAUCCAGUCAAGGGACAGCAUGCACGAUUCAAGAAGUACGUGGGACACAGUGCACACGUCACCAACGUCAGGUGGCUGCACAAUGACUCUGUGCUGCUCACGGUAGGAGGUGCCGACACAGCCCUGAUGAUCUGGACCAGGGAAUUUGUGGGGACCCAGGAAAGCAAGCUGGUUGAUAGUGAGGAGUCAGAUACAGAUGCAGAGGAAGAUGGAGGCUAUGACAGUGACGUUGCCAGAGAGAAGGCCAUUGACUAUACCACCAAGAUCUAUGCUGUGAGCAUCAGGGAAAUGGAAGGCACCAAACCACACCAGCAGCUAAAAGAGGUGUCCAUGGAAGAAAGGCAGGGAAUUGUCAAGGGAUCAAGACCACCCGUAAGCCGGGCAGCUCCCCAGCCUGAGAAACUCCAGAAGAACAACAUCACCAAAAAGAAGAAGCUAGUUGAGGAGCUGGCUCUGGACCAUGUAUUUGGCUACAGAGGAUUUGACUGCCGAAACAACCUGCAUUACCUGAAUGAUGGUGCCGACAUCGUUUUCCACACUGCAGCUGCUGGCGUUGUGCAGAACCUCUCCACAGGCAGUCAGAGCUUUUACCUGGAGCACACAGAUGACAUCCUCUGCCUCACCGUGAACCAGCACCCAAAAUACAGAAACGUGGUGGCUACCAGCCAGAUAGGGACAACACCUUCAAUCCACAUCUGGGAUGCCGUGACCAAACACACGCUCUCCAUGCUGCGGUGUUUCCACUCCAAGGGGGUGAACUACGUCAACUUCAGUGCGACCGGGAAGCUCCUGGUGUCUGUGGGCGUGGACCCAGAGCACACCAUCACUGUCUGGCGAUGGCAAGAAGGUACCAAGGUUGCCAGCCGAGGGGGUCACCUGGAGCGUAUAUUUGUGGUAGAAUUUCGCCCUGACUCAGAUACACAGUUUGUAUCUGUUGGGGUCAAACACAUGAAGUUCUGGACGCUGGCUGGAAGUGGUCUGCUAUACAAGAAAGGGGUCAUCGGGUCCAUGGAAGCUGCCAAGAUGCAGACGAUGCUGUCUGUGGCUUUUGGUGCUAACAACCUCACUUUCACCGGUGCCAUCAAUGGAGAUGUCUACGUGUGGAAGGAGCACUUCCUCAUCCGGCUGGUGGCCAAGGCUCACACAGGCCCUGUUUUCACAAUGUACACCACCCUCCGGGAUGGACUUAUCGUGACUGGUGGGAAAGAACGGCCGACUAAAGAAGGAGGGGCUGUAAAGUUGUGGGACCAGGAGAUGAAGCGUUGCCGGGCUUUCCAGUUGGAGACAGGGCAGCUGGUGGAGUGUGUGCGCUCUGUGUGCCGAGGCAAAGGGAAAAUUUUAGUAGGAACUAAAGAUGGUGAAAUAAUUGAAGUCGGUGAAAAAAAUGCUGCUUCAAACAUCUUGAUUGACGGACACAUGGAGGGGGAGAUCUGGGGCCUAGCCACACAUCCCUCCAAGGACAUCUUCAUCUCAGCCAGCAAUGAUGGCACAGCAAGGAUCUGGGACCUGGCUGACAAGAAACUGCUAAACAAGGUGAACCUGGGCCAUGCGGCCAGGUGUGCAGCCUACAGCCCUGAUGGGGAGAUGGUGGCCAUUGGCAUGAAGAACGGAGAGUUUGUCAUCUUGCUGGUGAACAGCCUGAAAGUCUGGGGGAAGAAACGAGACCGGAAAUCUGCCAUCCAAGACAUCAGAAUCAGCCCAGACAACAGAUUCUUAGCCGUGGGUUCUUCUGAGCACACAGUUGACUUCUAUGACCUCACUCAGGGCACAAGUCUGAACCGCAUUGGCUACUGCAAAGAUAUCCCAAGCUUUGUCAUUCAGCUGGACUUUUCUGCAGACAGCAAAUACAUUCAGGUGUCAACAGGAGCCUAUAAGCGCCAGGUGCACGAGGUUCCCCUGGGGAAGCAGGUAACUGAAGCCAUUGUCAUCGAGAAGAUCACCUGGGCUUCCUGGACAAGUGUUCUAGGAGAUGAAGUCAUUGGAAUCUGGCCACGAAAUGCAGACAAGGCUGAUGUCAACUGUGCAUGUGUGACCCAUGCUGGCUUGAACAUUGUCACAGGAGAUGAUUUUGGGCUAGUGAAGCUCUUUGAUUUUCCAUGCACAGAAAAAUUUGCCAAGCAUAAACGCUACUUUGGUCACUCAGCUCAUGUGACAAACAUCCGUUUUUCUUAUGAUGACAAGUAUGUGGUCAGCACCGGAGGAGACGACUGCAGUGUAUUUGUGUGGCGAUGUCUGUAAACACCAGAACCUCGUGCACUAUGCUGCUUUUCCCCAGCUACGCCCAGGCAGUGCAGAGGUGCCUCCUCGACACUAACCGUGGGACACACGAGCUCUGGGUGCCAGUGAGGUUGCAGGACUCUCUCACAAUAUGGACUUUGCAAGGCGGUGAUGCCAAGAAAGAUGAUAAAGUUCUACAAUAUUAAGACUGUUUGCCUCUGUUCUGGAGACUAAAACCUGUACCUAUUAGUAACAUUGACAACUAAAUCCUGAUGAUGUAGCCCACUGACAAAAUUUACAGCCUGUUACCCUAACCAAUAUGUAGCUUUUAAUUUGCAUUAAGACUUUUACAAAGGUGUUUUGUUAUUCUUUUUCUAUAUAUUUCAAGAAUGUUCACUGGAUAUGACAGUGUAAGUUGGAAGCACUAAAGUACAGAAACAGACAGCCUGGUUGCCACAUUUAGCUUUCAAAACCAAAUGAGCCAUGUAUAAACAAGUUUAAAAACUUAAUUUUUUAAGGUUUCAUUUGCAGUUUUAUAUCCAUUAAGUGCCUUGAGAGUUCCCAGCUGUGUGGGCUGCUGCCUCACCUACCACAAUGUCUCCUUUCUACACAUGGUGCUAAAACUUCGAAACUGAGGAGGGCUAUGGGAUUAGCAGGCUCUAUCACUUGUUCUGUGUGUCUAGGGUUUCUAAAGGCAUCAGUUACCUGCUGGGACACAGUGGUUAUGGGGAAGGUGAGCAGCAGAGGAACUCCAAUUCUGUGAGAAGUAGCAUGAAUUUUAUGUUAGUGCCAAAUCCACAACCUAACCUAAAUCCUUCAAACAAAACAACUUCUACAAGAUGUAAAAGGGGGAAAAUCUACAGUAUGUCAAAAUGAGUGAGCCGAUUUGUCUUGCUAGAAGGUUUAUACUCUUGGGUAGGGCUGGCUUGGCUCCAUUGGUUUCAGAUAAUCAAUGCAGGCUAAAUCUAGAUUUAAAAAAAAAUCUCUCAAAGACGUACUUGAAUUUCUUCAGUCAGUUGUAGGACAGAAUGUGACUUGGACAAUAUUACUGUAAAGCUCCUCAGUUCCCUUACACAGAGGACACUCACUGGAAGUAGGCUGGCGGGGAUGAGGCCACUGAGUACACACGCCAGAACCCUUCUCUGGUCUGUACACACCCUGAGCUCCUAGCUAUCUGCAGUUGUCAAUUUAUAGAAAGGAUGAAAUGAAGUAUUUUCAGUUGAAGAAUAGAUUAUUAACAUUUACUACAGAAGUGCUUCAGCAUUCUAAAAGGAUUAGACUACUCAUUAAGCUACUUUACAUGCCAAUUUAUUAAUGCCUUACAUUAAUCCACUAGUAGGUUGUUGGGCCCCUAGUAGAGUCCCUAUGCAGUCCUAAUUCUGUUUCCUGUAACUGGUGAUGCUGAGUGAUACCAUGUCUGCCUAUUUUGCACUACUGACUUUUCAUUCUGACCAGAUCUUGCAUUUAAAUAACCAUGUGGAUGGACACCUGAUUAAUCAGUGGCAUAUGUAAAUGUACACAUAUAUUUGAAGAGCAAUAGUGUGUGUUAUAAAAACUUUUGAAAGUCUCAUUUGUAAAGUUUAUGUGGUAUAAUUUUGUGUAUGUUCAUAAAUCUUGCACUAUAUUCUGUUAAAAUAUUGGUGCAUGAGUUUAUUUUCAGUCCAAGUGUAAAAAUGUAAAACCUUUUGCUAUGGGUCAAAUAAAUGUCACUAUGUAUUA